UCUGGCAAGAUCACUUUUCUUGUCUAACCAUCAUCAUUAUCACUACGGUGACCAUUCCCGAUCUUCAUCUUUUCCAUUGUCGACUAAAUGUUUUUUCAUUUUAACCAUCGGUGCUCCACGAUUAUUUUUGGUUCUUCAACGGUGCUCAGGUUCAAUACAGACAAUUUUUUUAAUUGGAUCGUCACGUGACAGUUAAAACUUUAACUAUUGUUUUUUUUUUACUCGAAUUUUGAGCGGUAUUUAUUUAUUUAUUAUUUUAUAUCCAGUUUUAAUUAGAAAUCAGAUGGCCAACGUUAAGCAGAAAAUGGUGAAACUAUCAGUAUUAUUUACAACACUCUGCCUACAUGUAGCUUAUAGUAGACGACUGACUGAUGAUAUAGACAACGAAGUCAGUGCACUUCCAGCAGGGAACUUAGGGACCUUUGAGUACAAAACAACGUCUUACGUAAAGAUUACUCAACCUCCAGUGCCUGUGGUGCAAAGAAAUGUUGGCACUCAUGUGGAGCUUCAUUGCGAAGCUAUGGGAUCUCCACCACCAACAAUCCAAUGGUAUAAGGGGCAUAUGAGAAUAACUGAGAAUGAAAGCUUUGAAGACAACAACUACAUAGUAGACAGAUCUCCAGGUUUUGCCAAAGUAGCCUCUCGUCUAGUGAUCAACUAUGUACUACCCCGUCAUCAAGACAACUAUUAUUGUGUAGCCGAAGCUGGAUCUCAAGUUGACAGGAAAAUGAGUGCUCUAGUAGUACCCAAUGCACGUGGGCGGGAAAUGAACUUUACUCAGCUCAUUGCUAGCAAAAUUCUUGGGGCUCACCAUCAUCCUAGAGUUACUUUUUGGGCUCCUGCCUACAUGGACGUUAUUGGAUCUGAUGUGAUUCUUCCAUGUAAAUCAGUGGGCAACCCCAAACCUGAGCUCAUGUGGAUCGACCCUAACAACAAGCAAGUUACCAGCGAUGAAAAGUUCGAAGUUAUGCAAGAUGGAGAGUUGAGUAUCCGGUCGAUAUCUUGGGAUGAUAUGGGAGUUUACACCUGCAUUAUUAGAAAUUCUGUAGGUGAAGAUUCAGUGGAAACUUUCUUGUAUCCUAUGCAGGAAUCAUCGAAAUAACGUCCAAGACAAAAACUACAUUUGAGGCAUCCUUAAUUCCAAAAAUCUAGUCACUCCAUUCCAAGAAAAAUUUUCCCUUCUUGGUUAAAAAAAACUUACUCCUAUUAUGUAAAUUAGUAUUUUAAAUUUAUCUAGGUAUUAAUAGGUUUAUUAAAUUAUGUACUUAUUUAUAAUAAUUUUAACUAAGUAAUUUAACAAUAAUAAAAAAGACUUCUCUGUAUUA